AUGGCCAUGGAUUCUAAAGAGUGUUCAUUAAUGCUUCCUUUCGAGUUAUGCGAAGAAAUACUUUGUAGGGUUCCAACUAAAUCUCUUAUACGAUUCAAGUCAACUUGCAAACGAUGGCUGGCUCUUUUCAAAGACAAGAGAUUCAUCUACAAGCACUUAGCUCUCAUUCAAGAACAACUCGUACGUAUCAAUCACUACAACUUUACCAUCAUCAAUCCGGUGUUGGGAGUUUGCUCAUCUUUAACAUCACUUCCAAGCGAGUUCCAUGCUAGACCAGAGAUCUACACCAUGAUUCACUGCGACGGAUUAUUCCUAUGCAUCUUACAAUCAUCAGCGAUGGCAGUGUGGAACCCAUGUUUGAGGCAAGUUAGAUGGAUCAAGCCCGAGUUUUCUCACCGGGCUUAUUGUUCCUACGGCAUUGGAUACGACGACGGUUUAUCAUCUCGUGAUAGUGGCUACAAAAUCAUGAGGUUUGUGCACAGCUUUUCUAAUAAAAGCGAGAUCGGUAGCUUAGGACCUUACAAUAAAGAGGUUGAUAUCUACGAGCUCAACUCCAAUUCUUGGAAAACUUUGAGAGUUUCAAGCUUGGAUUAUUGUUGGCAUGUCGUUGACCGUUGUAGAGCUUUCAGAGGAGAUGGUCUUUCUUUGCUACACAAAGGCAAAGAAAAGGAUAAUAUCGAAGUGUGGGUUACAAACAAGAUCAAGAACGGAGUGAUCAUCGCUUGGACCAAGUUUUUCAAUGUGGUCAUGAGACCUGAUCUCCCGGAUUGUGAGGAAUUGUUAGAAGAUGAAGAGAACGUUCGCGUCAUCAACACCUAUGUUAUUGGAGAUGGUGAGGUUAGGAAACAAGAGAUAGACCGAUUUAGAGUAGGUUGUAGUUGGCCUUAUGUCUCCGGCUAUGCAUGUCUUCCAAGUCUUGUUCCUGUUCCAACAUUGGAGGAUAAAACCGAGUGA